AUUUGAUUUUUCUCUCUGUUUCCAUGCUUCCAUUCACCAAUUUCUUUGCUGCAUCGUCCUGUUUCCUGGAAGUGAUUCCACCGGAGAUGAUCGUUGCGGUUGAAUCGAAGAAUUUGACGGAGGAGGAGUUUGUUUACUUGUGACAUUGAUUUGAUUUUUACGAGGUCGUUUUUGUAAAUUUUGCUGUGGUUGUUGCGGAAUUGAUUUUGUUUCUUUCUGGAAAUGGAAUCUGUCAAUUUCUACGAUGUAAGAGCAGCGAAGAUGAACGCGAUUCUCAAGUAUCGACAGGUCAGGAAAAUCGCUAAUCUGUUUCGAUUCAUCGAGUUGUGCUUGAUUCUCGUUGUGAUGACGAGAUUUUCCAGCAAUCUGCCGAGCGCCUUCAAGAACUCUGGCGAGUACUUCCGGUGCUUGUCGGUGACAUUGAUCAGUCCUCGCUUUGUGUUUCUGAUCGGAAACGCUAUUGUAAUCACUUUGUUUGCCAAAUCUGGACAGUUCUCUGCUAAGGAUCCGAGCAAGAAGAAUUCGGUUGCCGAUCUUUACGAAGAGUUCGUUCAAAACAGUGAGAAGAAUCAGAAAACUCGCCGCGCCGAGAUCGAGUAUCGCGUCAAACAGAUCGAUGACAGCCGCGGCAACGGCAACGGCAACAGCGAUACCUCAAUCGCAAUAAAAAAAAUCGGCGAAAUCAAACAUUAUCAGAGGAGUGAAUCGGAGAAAAUAGGCGUCGUACAGCGAGAAAAUCCGCAUCGUGAACUUCGCCGAUCGGAGACGGAAAAGUAUAAGAAAAUCGUCCGAUUGAGUGAAGAAACAAGAAAUAGGUCGAGUCCAGAAGAUCGGAUGAGCAACGAAGAGUUUCGACAGACGGUGGAGGCGUUCAUAGCGCGGCAGCAGAGGUUGAGAAGGGAGGAAGAAUUCUGUGUAUUUUAGGAAUUAGCUAUAAGUAAAUCAAAUCUUCCGCAUCUCGUAAAUCCUGCAAGUGAUUACCGCUACGAGUUGAAUCUUACUUCAAAAGAGAGAAGAAGAAGAAGAAACUGAGAAUUUCUUCUCCAUUUUAAUUUUAUUUUUACAUAUUUGAAUGAAAUCUACCACUCAUCCAUCCAAAAG